CCGUUUAAAGCCUGUUGGCCAGUACCGAAUUUGGAUGCUGUGAAAUACAUGUGAAUAAGACUUAUUGUAGGUCAGAGGUAUUAACGGAAUUAACGGCUUCUGUCAAAUGUUUUCGGAUAACAGGAAACGUGGGUGGCCAGUUUAGUCCAAGAGAACUUUUUUUUGCGGAAGACGAUUAUUUUCGAAUUAUCGACGGAGCAUGGAUUGUAAAGACUUUAAAAUGAUUGUUGACCAGGCAUGCAGAGCUGCAGAAGAAUUUGUGAACAUUUACUAUGAAACAAUCGAUAAAAGACGAAGGGUUUUGCCAAAACUGUAUAUGGAUAAAGCCACCCUGGUAUGGAAUGGUAAUGCCAUCACCGGCCAAGACUCCCUUGGAGAGUUUUUUGAAAUGCUCCCAAGUAGUGAAUUCAGGGUGAACACAUUGGACUGCCAGCCUGUUCAUGAGCAAGCAACUCAGGGCCAACCAACAGUGCUUGUGGUCACCUGUGGAAUAGUAAAGUUUGAAGGAAGCAAAUACCGCUAUUUCAACCAGACAUUUUUAUUGACAACACAUGCAGUGCCCACCAACUCUUUGCCUGUGUGGAAGAUUGCUAGUGAUUCUUUCCGAUUCCAGGACUGGGCUAGUUAGUCAUCGUUUCCUUGGAAAAUUGUGAAAGAUGUCCCUACCGUAGUUUAUGCUAAACUGAAAUGUGUUUUGUCUGCAACAGUUACACUUAUUUUUGGAAUUACUAACGUCACAUAGGACAAUGCAUUUCAUUUCUCCUGACAGUAGGUGGUUAUAUAAAAUCAUUUACUGUGAAGGGAAAAGUAUUUGAUUAUGUGUGACAACAGGAAUAUUCUUUUAACAUGGCUUACUUGGUCGUAUCCUGCAGUCUUUAAAAAUGUUUUUAUAAUAUGCAUUUGGAUUAAUUACUGAUAUUAUUUUGCAAAUGUUUUUCCUGGUUAGUUUAAAAGUUGUUAACUACAGGAAUUCCUGUGAUCCAAACAAAGGAAAUGUGUAUCACUUUAGGAACAGGAAACAUAAAACCACAGGGAUUCUGCCAAUGAAAUGGGUGUACCACUUUAUUAUUCUAUGUAUUUUUGUUUAUUCAAAGCAACCAUUUCACUCAAAAAAAAAAAAAAUCGACUUGGCUUAAAAAUCAAAUUGAACUACUUCAAAAAACUUACAUUUACAUUGCAGAUGCAUCGCUGAUCAUAUCAUGUGAGAACCUAAUUAAUUAUACCUUGUGAUCUUUUAUUGCAUUUUUGCUGGAAGCAAAACCCUGUGGUUGAAUUGCAUACAUUAAAAAUUUAUAAUUUAAAAUUAUGAGCAACAAUGUUGCCAUUUGAAGGUGUGCCUCAAAACAAAUAUGACUGAGCAAGUACUGCCAUGCUGGUCAUUGAAGGUUCUUAUAUUUAGGUUCACCUUUUAUAAUUAAAUAAAAGGAGGCUACAUUGGUAUGAUUUUCACACCCUAUACAAAUGUAUGAUUUAGAAAUAAAAAAUGUUUUAAAGACAA